GCUCUGCGCGACGCUGGGCACUUCUGCCUGUCACAAACCCAUUGAAAGGCUCGUGGACGUGUGGCAAUUGGCUAUUCUCUGUUGGUCCUGUUUUACGAUUGGGGAGUUGAAGUGUCAGUCAAAGGAAAGGUUUCCGCCCACUGAGCCAGCAGGUUAGUGUUCACCGCGGUGCAGCGCAGGACCCGCGAAGCGCAGAGCCCGGAUUCGGGUACGGAAAGAAGGCGUUAAUACAUUGUGAGAAUGGAUAUGAAAAAGAGAAUUCACCUGGAGCUGCGAAACAGGACGCCGGCCGAUGUUAAAGAGCUUGUCUUGGAUAACUGCAGAUCCAAGGAGGGCAAAAUUGAAGGCCUGACUGAUGAAUUUGAAGAACUGGAAUUUCUGAGUACAAUUAACGUCUGCCUGAGCUCUGUCGCAAACUUACCAAAGUUAAACAAACUGAAAAAGCUGGAGCUGAGCGAUAACAACAUAUCAGGAGGACUGGAAGUGCUGGCAGAAAAAUGCCCAAACCUUACACAUCUCAACCUGAGCGGGAACAGUAUAAAGGAUUUAAGCACGAUAGAACCUCUGAAAAAGUUGGAGACCUUGAAAAGCUUGGACCUGUUUAAUUGCGAAGUCACCAAUCUCAAUGAUUAUCGAGAAAACGUCUUCAAGCUCCUCCCUCACCUCACUUACCUAGAUGGCUACGAUCGAGAUGACAAGGAGGCCCCAGAUUCUGAUGCAGAGGCUUAUGUUGAUGAUGAUGAUGACGACGAGGAAGACGAGGAAGACUAUGAUGAGGACGCCCCACCAGGAGAAGAGGGAGAGGAAGACGAGGAUGAAGAGGAGGAAGAGGAAGUGAGCGGUGAGGAGGAGGAGGAUGAGGACGCUUACAAAGAAGGAGAGGAAGACGAAGCUGAUGAGGAUGAUCGAGGACAAAAAAGGAAACGAGACACAGAGGAUGAGGGAGAUGAGGAGGACUAAGUUCCCAGGACACAGAAUUAUGUCUUGUGUUAAAGAAUGGCAGAUAUUGGAGGACUGGACCCCAAGACCCUUUCAGAAUCUCCUGUUGUAAUUUGACUGUUUAUACCUUGAAUUAUCCUUUGCUUUUUAUCUGAUAUGUAAGGUUGCUGUGUGCCAGACGCACCAUGCAAGGAGAUUCACACCUAGUAGUUCUACUAUUGCCCCUACACGUUUUCUUGGAUUUUUUGCUCCUGUGCAUUUAAUAUUUUUGAGGUUUUCUUUGUGUUUAGCGCAGAUUCCAUACAAUCCGAGUCAUGGUGUCAUUCUAAAACCCAUCGUGUUUUUUUAAAUAGAUGUAGUUUGACCUCGGUAACCACUUUACUGGGAAUGAUGAAAGUCUUAAAUAGUAAUUCAUACUAACCCCUUGUGAUGAAAUGUCCUGUAGGAUCUCUGGCAGAAAUGUAUCCAAAAUUAACAAACUAUUUGUUGGUGAAAGCAGUUGUACUGGGAAUCUACAUUUACUCGCUCUCUCCUUCUCCCUCUCUCCAAGCUGGCCGGUUCCAAACGCUGACUACUUUUAAAUUAAGCACCCCAAAUGUAAACGUGUAUAUUACACCGAAGGUGACUGCCUCCCCGAAUACAAAAACCCUAUUUGAUGCAGGUAAUUUAUGUAGUAGCAAGUCCUUCACAUACAUACGUGUGAGGAAGAAAAUCCAGACUAUCCUCACCCUAGUGAUAGAUUUUGGCUGGAUUGCAUUUAGUAGCCUGUAUCUUCGCAUCCAAGAUCCCUUGAAUAAACAAUACGAUCAUUGGCUUUAUACAUAAAGUAUAGAAAUCUGAAAGGAGUAUUCCGUGCUAUUAAGAUUUGGUAUAAUAUUUACUGCCCAGUCUGUAUGUCGAUCAAGCGAUAGGUUGGUGAUACUCAAUUAAGACAAAGAAUUAAAGCAGGCACAUUUCUCAUUAAAUCUGGUGACGUUUUUUUGACAUCCAUACAUUUCAUUGCCGCACUUUCAGAUUUAGUUUUCCUCUUGUCUCAUGCCAUUGUAAAUGUUUGGGUUUAUCCAGUAAUAACCUUUUUAAUUAAUUCUUACUGCCCCAGGAGAGCUGUACACUGCAAUUUCCGUCUGUCAUCGGUGAUUUUCAAUAAACCUGUUUUUAUACAUAUAA